CAAAUAUUUUCCUCAAGAGUUGUCUCGAUCCCUCAGCUCAGCCACUCCAGCUUGACUCAUAUUGGGGAUUGUACUAGCUAUACUGCUAGUCUGUCUGGCAUGGAGAGACUUGUGAGUUGUUCCCUUUUUCUUCGACGACCAUAGCCAUUGACUUCACCAAAUACAGGAGUCUUUGCCGUUGCUUUCCCAGUGUGAUCUCCGCGUGCUAGUUGAAUUUAAAUUCAUCUCCUGUAUGCUGAUGAAGUGUCGCAGCUGCAUCGAAGUUUCCAGCAAAGCAACUCCGAACCUUCAACUUAAGCCUUGAGGAGAGAUUGAUCUCCAUUUCCUGGCUGCAGCUAGCUUCUCAUUUCUCUUACUCAUUCCGACUGCCUGUGAGUUACUAUCCAUAACAUCGACUCCUCAAGAGUUGAUCACAAGGUUAAUCAGGCGGCUUUUUCUUGAGGGACGGGACUUCACCGGGGUUAAUCAUUGAUAGCUGCAGAGAUUCUGAGAUGGAUGCAUGGAUGAACCGUUACCGUGCUUUCGCCGAAGGAGUGGUGAUUAUGGUCUGCCCGGUGCUUCUUGCAAUUUCACUGAAGAAGGUUGAUCUAAACAGCGAGGAACAUGGGCGUGCCACUCCGAUUACAAUGCUCGUGGUAGCAACCAUUACGUUAACUGCCGGUAUUUGCCCUUUCCUGGUUUGUUGUUUCUCCAAGAGAUUUUCCAGAGGGAGCUCAAGUUCCCCUCAUACACUUACCAAGUUGCUGGCCCCCUUAUCCAGCACGUUGCUAGUUGCACUUGCCUGCUGGAUCAUAUAUCUGAUUUUAAACAACUGGGCAUACCCGGUAAUUGGCGCUGUAAUUGGACUCUGUUCCAUGAUUCGUACCGUCAAGUACUUCAGAACCAGUAUGGGUGAUGCUGCAACGAGAGAUGAAGAAUACAGCAAUGAACUGGAGAACUCACUUGACUUCUUAGCUGGUAUAACUGCACUUCUGUUUCUUGGACUGGAAGGCCUGGCUCUUGAAGGUCAAAUUAAAAGCACAAAAAUAGUACAAGAUCGUCUUACGACACCAAUUGUCACAAGCUUCUUUGUUUGCGUUGUCGACGCGUGCUUAAUGCUUGUUGAGACAAUGCCUCCUCACAACAUCACAAGCAACCUAACAGAGAUCUUUGAUCUGCUCACGGUUUUUUCUGUCUCCAUGGUCAUCUUCUUCAUUAUGUACUCACUGAUGAAACUAAGAGCAUUGCUUCUGAUAGCAGCCCCGUUCCUGAUUCUCCUGAUGCAUGUGUUCCACGUCGCCAUCAGUGGGAUGAGCAGCAAUGGAACUGACACAGAUGGUGCCCCUAGCAGUAGCAGCAGCAGUGAAGAGCAUAAACCAGCGUCGCUUGAACUAAGCAAAGUAACAUUCACUGGGUUCCUGGCUGUGUCGAUACCAAGCAUCAGCAAUGGUUCACUCGACAGUGGCACCGAAUGUUUCUUACACCUUGCUGCAUCAGCUAUUGUUUCAGGUCUCAUAUGGAGGCUCCUGACGCAUUACAAGUCACACACUACCAUCACGGCAGUUGCAAAUGUUGCUUCCUUCUACACCCACCUCUGCGUUGCAAUUGCUACGUUUCCAUUUACGAUCAUGGCUGGGAAGGCUCUGUCUUGAUUUUGAGCUACGAUCAUGGCUGGAAGGCUGUGUCUUGAUUUUGAGCCACCUGGAGUUCGCUUUGGAGCCGCCUGUCUUGUGCAAAUUUAAAUCUCAAGGGGAUUCAAAAGUCAAUGCAGUUUACAACUAUUUUGCCCUAGGUCUCCAAAGUUUCGUCGCUCUGCAUCCAUCUCCUGGCUCUUAUACUGCUGGACCAAAACUGAAUUUCGUUUUGAGUAACGAUACCAAUGAUGCUUUUAUUUUAUAUAUGGAGUUCAAGCUUGAGUAUGUUUGUGUUGACCAUGCUUUUACGGAGUUCAAUUUUUUUCAUACUGCUUCGUGAAAAGUGAA